AUGGAUUCUCUAGAGGACAGCGUUGCCUCCGCAGUCCUUUCGGCAUAUGUUGAUCUUCCAAAUAAAAGUAAGCCACUAGGAAGAGGCGGUAUCAACGAAUGGGUUCCAUUAUCCGGCAUUGUGCUCGAGUGCGGUGAAGGUACUAGUCGGCUUACCGCUGUUGCACUAGGAACUGGCAUGAAGUGUCUUCCCAAGGAUAAAAUCCCAUUUGCUGGUGGAAUGGUUUUGCAUGAUAGCCAUGCUGAGAUGCUUGCCAUCAGAGGGCUUAAUUGCUUCUUGUUGGAAGAAUGCCAAUCUCUGUCAGCAGAUAGGUUAUUUGUAUCAAAGUUCAUCCGCCGAAGAAGUCAACAAGAGAUUUCUCAGCAGUCUCCUCAACCAUUCACUCUGCGAGAGAGUGUUCUGAUACAUUUCUAUUCUUCUGAGGCUCCUUGCGGAGACGCCAGUAUGGAACUAACAAUGGCGGUACAGGACGACCCAACACCAUGGACCAUCCUCCCACUCGCACCUGCCUCCUCUACCUCUCCACGCGCCUUGGGACAACCAAGAACUCUCCUCCAAGGACGGCAAUACUUCUCAGAGCUCGGUUUCGUCCGGACAAAGCCCGGCCGUACCGACUCUCUACCAACCCUCUCAAAAUCCUGCAGCGACAAGCUCUCCGUCCGGCAGGUGAUAUCCGCCCUCCUAUCACCAACAACUCUCCUAAUAUCACCUGAAAACGCAUACAUAAUGACCGUAAUUCUCCCAACAACGUCCUAUUGCCCCAACGCCUGCGCACGGGCUUUCAGUACCACAGGACGUAUGGCGCCGUUGGUGGACAGGAAAUUCGAGGGCGGAUACAAAUUUUCCCCGUUCGCUGUCAGGACCACAAAUCUUUCGUUUGGGUUUUCGAAGAGGGUUAUUGGGACGGGUGCUAUUGGGAGUAAUAUUUCCGCUGUAUGGGUUAAGGGUAGAAGUGUUGAAACAUUGAUUGGUGGCGUGCUGCAGGGUAGAAAGCAGUUUGCUUCCGGGAUUAAGGGGGCUAGCAUGAUUUGUAAGAUGAUGAUCUGGAGGUUGGCGCAGAAAGUUGCGGAAGCUGAAGGUAUUGACGGGGUCGGUGGAGAGCGGUACGGGUCGGUUAAGUUGGGGGUGAAAAUGGUUGCGAGGAACGAGGCUAAGGAGAUGACGAGAGAAGUGCUUGGGGGGUGGGUCAAGAAUGGCGGCGACGAUUUUGGGAAUGUGCGGGAGUAG